CUGCACAAGGCUCCCGUGCUCUUAGGACGACUAGCAUGGCCACCAAGAGCGGUCCUUCGUCGCUGCCAAAGGAAGGCAGAAGCAGUACACUAUAGCAUGGUGAGUGAGGCCAAGGGCAAGACAGCUGCGUGAUUAGCAGCGUGCAUUCUCCCGCGUCUUGCCAAAUGAUAGUGGAGAAGGUGGCAGAAGAAGACGACCGCACUUGCGUCCUGCUGUUGCUCGCAACGUCAGACGUCACCAGAAGCUUCCCAGAGUGUAGAGGCUACGACCGCUCAACCUUUCACGACGUCGCAACCGGCGCAUCAAAACACCCACAUACACAUGACAAUGUGGACGCGGCCAUCUGCAACAAUCGCAGGCUGCAAGAUCGCUCAACCGACCUGCCUGCCAUGCUGGAGCUCUGCAGGUACCGGCAUUGAAGCUCGUAGGUUGACCAACUACACUGUGCGAGCCAGCACUUGGACCAGUGUUGACUCAACCCGCAAUCAUGCGCUCUGAUUCGCCGCGCAGGUUGAAGGAGCGCGUCAUUUUGGCCAAUGAAAACGCGAUCCGCGGUGCCACACGACCUUUGGAUCGCCACUUUGGAAUUGGAAAUGACCAAGCGAGCUACGCUGUCGACGUACGCCCACCAGGCGGACCUCCCGAGCCUGCCCGUGCCAGACCUGCAGCAGACGGCGCGCAAGUACCUCGAGUCCAUCGAGCCCUUCGUGACCAAGGAAGAGCUCCAGCACACGACUGAGCUCAUGCAGGACUUUGUCGGGCCCAAUGGCCAAGCCCACGCCCUCCACGAAGCGCUUCUCGAGCGCGCGGCUACGGAGCGCAACUGGCUGGCCGAGUGGUGGGAAUACGCGGGCUACACGUCGUACCGUGCUCCGACGGCGAUCGACAUCAACAUGAUCUCGGGCUUUGGGUCGUUCAACGAGCUAGACCAGUCGGUGCCGCAGUGCCGCCGCGCGGCCGAGAUCAUCCGGUACACGUCCGAGUACCAUGCGAUGCUGCUCCUCGAGAAGGUCGCGCCGGAGCACAUGGGUCGCCGCCCCAUGUGCAUGGACAUGUUCCGUCGCAUCUUUGCGUCCUGCCGCAUCCCGCAGAUGCCAGCCGACACGUACGAGCGCCUCGACGGCGUCAAGCGCAUCGACCACGUCGUCGUCUUUUGCCGCGGCUACCCCUUUGCGCUCAACGUGGUCGACGCGCAGCACCAGCUGCUUACGAUCGGCGACCUCGAGCGCCAGCUGCAGUUCAUUUACGAGUACGCACAUUCGUUCCCGACAACACUUGCGGUCGGUGCACUCACGUCGGCGCACCGCGACGUGUGGACGGAAGCCCGGGAGGCGCUGCUGCCUCUGGGCACGAACGCGGCGAGCUUGCAGAUGAUCCAAGAGAGCUUGUUCGCUGUGUGCAUGGACGAGAGCACGCCGACGACCCCGACCGAGUGCCUCCAGCACAUCGCGGCUGGCGAGGCCCACAACCGGUGGUAUGACAAGAGCCUCCAGUUCAUCGUCUUUGGCAACGGCAACGUCGGCUGCAACAUGGAGCACGGCAACGCCGACGCGACCGUGUACCGCUCGGUCUUUGAAUGGCUCGGGCGCCGGUACUUGAGCCGCAAUGGGAGCAUGGAGACGCGUAUUGAGAGCACGUCGAGUGCGUUCUUGCCGCCGCCGACGCUCCUCUCGUUCGACGUGCCGGCGCAUGUCGGUGCGACGAUCGCUGAUGUUUCGACGGCGUUUGCCGCCAAGGCCGCGCGCUUCCAGGCGUGCGUCACGCGACACAAGGAGGUCGGUCGACUGCGCAUCAAGUCGGACCUGCGCGUGCCGCCCGACACGUUUGUGCAGCUCGCGAUCCAGCUCACUGCGUGGCAGCUCUGGGGCCGCGUCCUCCCCACGUACGAGAGCGCGCACACGCGCUGGUUUGCCCACGGCCGCACGGAAACGAUUCGGUCGUGCACGAACGAGGUCGUCGCCUGGCUGCAAGCGCCGUCCGACAUGGCCAAGUUGGAGGCCGCGGUCGCCAAGCACCAGGAGCUCGCGAUGGAGGCGCUCGACGGCCAGGGCGCCGACCGGCACCUGCUCGGGCUCCAGAUCGCCUCGGUGCUCGCCGGUGCGCCGCUGCACCCGGUCUUCUCGGACGCCUCGUACACCAAGUCGGGCGGGAACGGCAACUUUGUGCUCUCGACGUCCAACGUCUCGGGCUACGAGUGGCUCUGGGGCGGCUUUGCGCCCAUGGUCGAGUACGGCAUCGGCAUCUGCUACUCGGUCGAGCCGACCUUUAUCGGGUACACGGUGUCGUCCAUGAAGAAGACGGCAGAGGCGACCGACGACCCGAUCGAGCGCGUCUCGUGCCACACGUUUGCGGCGGCGCUCACCAAGAGCAUCACGUCGCUGGCCGAGACCCUCGAGACCGCGCGUCGGGCGGCCGCCAAAUUGUAAACAGCUUGUUAUAACACAACGUCGUGUUGGGUUAGCGGCGA